AUCCUUUUUCUCCUUGUCUUACUUAUUGCAUCUGUAGGGAAAAUGCUCGAUUUUGUCAGGACAGUUGCAGGACAACUGCUUGAGUAGAGAUAGUGGGGGAAUGCUGUUUCAAGUUACUAACGUGAGGGGAGGAAGUUAGACGUCCCUGAUGUAGAGAAUUGUAUCAUUCGGGCAAUGGAAUAUAAAAUCUGUUAUCCACGUGACAUGUAGUUCUUCUAUUGAUUCCAAACAUGGCGACCCUCUUGUCGCGUUUACCUCGGGUCGUUUUUAGGAAAAAUCAAUUGCAGUAUAAACAAGUUUUAGUUUUUCCAUUUGUGGAUCGAUCUCCACGAUACAAAUCCUUUUCUACAAAUCAAGAAGACUCACGAACAUUUAAUGGAACCAUAAAAAAUUUUCUAACCUAUACAGCCUUCUUUUCUGGACUUAGUUAUUUUUUAUAUAAAUGGAAAGAUGAUUUGAUACCAAAAGUGCAUGGGAAAUCAAUGAAUCCAGUAGAUAUUAAUCACAAUAGAGACAAAUACAAUUUUAUAGCUGAUGUAGUGGAGAUUUCAGCACCUUCUGUUGUUUACAUUGAGAUCAAGGACAAUAAGAGGUUUGAUUAUUUUACAGGUAAACCAGUCAGUGCUAGCAAUGGAUCUGGUUUCAUUGUAGAAUCUGAUGGUUUAGUGUUAACAAAUGCUCAUGUUGUUGUGAAUAAACCAAAUACAACUGUUAAAGUACGCCUUCAAGAUGGAAGCACGUAUACUGGUAUUGUGGAAGAUGUUGAUAUGCACAGUGAUCUUGCAACUGUGAGAAUUAAGAAGACCAAUUUACCAGUAAUGAAGCUUGGUAAUUCAUCUACCGUUAGACCAGGUGAAUUUGUGGUCGCUAUUGGAUCCCCGCUUGCUUUAAACAACAGUAUAACAAGUGGAGUUAUAAGCAGUGUAAACCGGCAAAGUGAAGAGCUUGGUCUUUACAAUAAACAGAUGGGUUAUAUACAAACAGAUGCUGCAAUUACUUUUGGCAAUUCAGGUGGACCUUUAGUUAAUUUAAACGGCGAAGCGAUAGGUAUAAACGCGAUGAGAGUAACAGCUGGAAUUUCGUUUGCGAUACCUAUAGAUUAUGCUAAAGAAUUCUUGAAGAAAGCAGAAAUACGUAGAAAGAGCAAAGGUGCUCAAAGUACAGUGACUACACCUAGAAACAGAUAUAUAGGAAUUACCAUGCUCACUCUGACACCUCACUUACUCUUUGAACUGCAACAAAGACAUGAAGGAAUUUCACAGAGUAUUAAACAUGGUGUACUAAUUUGCAGAGUGAUUGUUGGAUCGCCGGCUCAUACAGGUGGUCUACAACCUGGUGAUAUCAUAACACACGUGAACGGUGAGCCCGUAACGAGCGCUCUAAAUAUUUACAAAGCGGUGGAAUCGUCGAAAGCCCUGAAACUGGUAGUUAUUCGACGAAUGGAAGUGUUAAAUUUACUGAUCGAACCAGAAGAAACCUAAGACGACAGUACUUGCGUUUUAUUGACAUGCAACAUUAAAAACUUAUUGC